AUGUUUGGUUUAGCAGCCAGGAUCUCGCACUGCCUCCUGCCUCUCCUGUUGUUGCUCAGAGAAGCUGAAGGUGCCACCUUCUUUCUCCAGUAUGAAACUAUACCCACGACUCAAAACUGCAAUGCAUCCUUUGGGCAAGGCGAUGUUGCUUGGUGGGCCGGGCAGCACAAUAGCUCUCUGCAAAGAUUCGAAAGGUGGUGCGGGUAUCAAAAUGAGAGCCACAGUCCUUCCUCGUCAAAAAAUAAGCACGAAAACUGCCCCAACAAUCUUUCCUGGAGCAAUUUCCACCGUGGUGGAAUUUUUGCGUGCAAAACCCCUCCGAUCCCGCAAAACGCAAACCCUGUAUUUACUUCAAAAGAGAACUGCACGGAUUUCAAUUUCUUCGUUGUUGCAAUCAUAAAGAGCCCAAAAGAGCAGCGUUCUGAAAACAUUCAUAGGAAAGCAGAGGAAAACGUCUCCAUUGAGGAAAAACAAAACUUUACUCUCUCUUGUGAGUUUGAACUGGGAAAGAACACAACCACUUUCGCUGUGUAUUGGUUUAAAGGAACCACACCAAGCAAGUGCCUCUUUUCGGCUUCAAAUGAAGGCACUUACUCUGCCUUAACCGUCUUCUACGAUAUCAACUGCUGUAUUGAUGAUGCAUUCAGAGGCCGACGAAUCAAUAGCACAAUUUCACCUCAAAACCAGACCUAUGUGGUUACAAUCACCAAUAGCACCAUGGCCGACAAUGGAGACUACCUUUGUGUAGUGGCCGCUUAUAAUCGAGGAUACACAUGGACAAUAGAACGCAGGAUAUCUGUGAACGUGAGGAAAGCAUCGCUACAAAGCUCAAACGUUGGCCUCAAAAUCAGCCUAGCAGCCAUCGCAGCAGCCUUGAUUCUGAUGGGUGGGAUAAUUUUGUUCUUGUGUCGCAAGACAAAAGCAAAAGGAAAGCCACUGGAAAAUCAACAAAGGGACCAGACUACAGUGGCAACAGAAGAUUGUUCCCCGUACGCCGUUUCCAGCCACAACGACCUAAAUGCAGAAGACAUGGUUUAUUCUCUAGCCACAGGUCCCGGGGAAGCCCCCUCUGCAGUGUGUUUCUCACAGCAGAGCAAGCCAGCUCCUAGCAUGCAACAAGGAGAAAACGUGGAAGCUCUUUAUUCUAAAGUUUUGAAGGAUAAAAAUGAUCCCUCCUUGGUCUCCAAUUCCAGCGUAUGAA